GCUUCUGAUCUGAUUCAUUACAGAAAUUCCAAUAGAAACAGCUGACUUCUCUUUGAGUUUCUUUUCUCCUCAGAGGCAACUGAUAACAAAGAUUUGCUAAGUAGUAGUAUACUGUAGACUCCAUAUUUUACUGUGAUUACCUAUAUAAGUAUUUAUCUACAUUCAUAGUUAUAUGUACUAAACAUUUAGAUUAUUUAUAAUUUUUGUCCUGCAGCUACUCUCAGUAAUAAUAAGAUUUUUUUCUAGAGCUUCUACAAAAAUAUAGGAUUGUUGAUCUAUAGAACAUGUAGAUUCUUUUCACUGGAUAUUGCCAAACGUUUUUCCAAAUUAGGUUAUACCAGCUUAUAUUCUCAGAAGAAUGUUUCACAAUCUCCAUGUCUGGAUAGCCUCAACCAAUUUUUGGAAUCUCUAAGCUUCCAAAUUUGUUCUUCUCUGUAAAUUGUGAAAUGUUAGCUUAUCAACAGUUCCUGAAUGUGCAAGGAGCAUAGAGAAUUGUUAAUAGAGUCAGACUGCCAGCAGCAGCAAUGUAGUGUCAGACUGGCCAGAAGCUGACACUGUCAGAUCAGCUUAAGCUGUAAAGCCUAUAGUGGGCAGGAAGAUCAUGAUAGACAGGAGCAGCCAUUAGUGCUUUUGCUAACAAAGAACACUGACAUGAGAGAAACAUACAGUCAAGUAGCCAGUUGGAAUACACUUUGAAAAGCUAGCAGUAUAACAGUUACAGGUUGAUUUAAAACGUUAGCUAUACAUAUAUGAGGAGAUCCUUAAAGCACUGGUUGAGCUAGUGAGAUGUCUCAGUGGGUAACGACACUUCCAACCAAUCCUGAUGCCCUGAGUUCAGUUCCCAGGACUACCAUGGUGGAAAGAGAAAACCCACUCUUAACAAUCAUCCUCUGACUUCCACACUUGUUUAAUGGCACACGUUCACACACUCACACACGUUCACACACAUACACCUAUGCAGAAGAGGUUAAAAGUAAACGCAGUAAACUAAUGUAAAAGACCCCACACCUGUGUUCUUGUAUGUGACAGAUAAGGAAGUCAUAGAUUGGGUGAAGUUAUCUUGUCUAAGGCUGUCUGUCAUUCAGGUAAAGAUGUAAGCAUGCCAAUUUUGCUUAUUUAACUUAGUCAUUCCAUGGUUCAUCUUCAAUGUUUGAUGUAGGGGAUUUGGGGAACUUCAUUUUCUACCCUUCUCUAAUUCCAGGAUUGGUUUCAUUUUGCUCUGGCUAGUUUUAUUCUCAGCAGGCUCUGAGGAGGCUAAGCAUAUACCAGUUAUUUCUGGUUUAUUUUUUCUGUUUUCACUGCUAAUAUUCCAACUGGAAGUUACUUAUGUUGUCUCUAUAUUUAUAUAUUAAUGUUGCAAAAAGUAUGCAAAAACUCCCAGUCACUCUGAGCACAGAGAUGGUUUCAUCCAGCUGUCCUUCCUGGUGAGGAAACCAAGACUGUUUUCAUUGAUUGCUAUGCUGGAAUCACAUUAAUAAGAAGUAGGCCAACCUUCUACAUAGCAAGCAGACUAGGGUAGAUACGUUAUGUUUGCAUGCAUAGCAGUACUCUCUUUUAGGCUCCAUAUGAGAUUUUCACACUGGUUGGAAGUGAUGAGGCUGGGAAGGAAAGCUGUGUAAACAGCUUUGGAAGACAAAGCAGGAGAAAGAGCUUUGAGACUGUCCCAAAGGAAGGGGGAUCUCCUUGGAGCACAAAAUUAUCACUAUGUUUGUGGUGGUUUGACUCUCCUUUAGAAUUUGUAUUUUGAAUGCAAAAACUAAGCAUUGUUGGUGAGAGUGAGGAUUCCCAACAAAUGGCUUCCUAUGGACCAAAGCAUAUUGGGAGCCAUAGAAGCACAGUAAACUCCUGAGCAUAGUUGAGCAGUUGGAGAGGUGGAACAGAUGAACCCGAGAUAGGUGUGAAGUGCAUCAUAUGAGACUCAAUCGUAUUUUGUACUCAAUUGGUAUUUCCUCUAGUAGGGAAGGGGAAGUCAUCAAUUAGCAAAAUCAGUCCCUGAUUGCUAUGGCUGCAGGAGGAGAAAAAUUGCAUUGACAUUGAGAGACAAUGGAAUGUUCCUCUUGUGAGUGAGGAACAGAGUGAUUAGAAGGUGAGAAAGUAAAGAAUGUGAAUUUAAGAUGAGCUUUAGUAAGGCUUCCUACAGGGGAAAGGAAUUAAAUAUCCCCACACCUUAGUUAGGGGUGGUGAGAAGGGACCAUCAAGAAUCAGGAGAAGGGGGUUUCCUUGCCCAGUGUAUCUUCUGUAAAGGUAAGUCUGAAAACAUGCCAUGCUCUGUUUUGAAUAGGUAAGCUUUUCAGUGCUACCUAAAGUUCUUGGUCAUAUCUAUCUUGAUUUUUAAAAUCUGUACAGGGAGAAAUCAUCACAUUGCAUCAUUGCAUUUUUUGUGAUAAAAUAGAUGUUGUAGGGAGUGGAAACACUGCUCAUUGGCUAGAGUGUAGAGGUGGCUGAAAGGUUAGGGUUGGAGAGAUGGCUCAAUGGUUAGGGAUAGAGAGAUGGCUCAGUGAUAAAUAGCAGUUGUUGCCCUUGCAGAGGAUCCAAGUAUGGUUCCCAGCACAUACAUGGCGAUUUACAACUAUCCCAAACUUUAGAACUACUGGACCUGACAUUGUCCUCUGGUCUCCACAGGUACUAGGUACACAUGUAGUGCAUAUGCAUGGUUUUUAUUUAAUUGGAUAUUUUAUUUAUUUACAUUUCAAAUGUUAUCCUCUUUCCUGGUUUCCCCUCCACAAACCCCCUAUCCCAGGCCCCUCCUCCUGCUUCUAUGGGGGCGCUCCCACCCACCCACCCAGUCCCAUAUCACCACACUGGCAUUCUCCUAUACUGGGGCAUCAAGCCUUCAUAGGGCCAAGGGUCUCUCCUUCUAUUGAUGCCAGACAAUGCCAUCCUCUCCUACACAUAUGCAGUCAUUGGUCCCUCCUUGUGAAUCCUUUGGUUUGUGUUUUAGUCUCUGGGAGCUCUAGGGGCUCUGGUUGGUUGAUAUUGUUGGCCUUCUUAGGGGGUUGCAAACCCCCUCAGCUCUUUCAGUCCUUUCCAUAACUUCUCCAUUGGAGUCAUACACAUAAAUUUUUAAAAAAUGCAUCUUUAAAAAUAGAUGUUUUACAUGCUUUUAAAAAAUAGUAUCAUUUUGGCAAUACAACUAAAUGUUCCUGUUAGUAAAUAUUCCUAAGUACUUUUCCUAGUGAUUUCAAUCAUGUAAAUUUAGAUAUACAUAGAAUAGUUCGUGUUUUGUCAUCCCAAAAUAGGACACAUCCCUCAGGGUUGUGUUUUGAGUAUUCUUUUAUUAUAUGGGUAGAAACAUUGGUAAAAUGUAUUUUUUUUUUGUAAUUUUGAUGUGUAUGGUUGAUUUAUUUGAUUAAUUUCAAAGAAAUAACAUAAAAAGUCAUGUUCUCUAUUACCAUUUUUCAGUAUUUUUGGAGCACGGCUUAGUAUACCAUAGAUGGACAUGGGGUUGUUGCUGUGUUAGCCAUUUGUCACCGUCUGAAAGGAUGAGAACUAUGAGUGGAGCAUAGUAUGUUUACUAUGACACCAAUCUAUCACGCUGGCUUUAAUGUCUGCCCACUGGUAUAUGGAUUCAAUAUUUUAUUUUUCAAAGACCCGGUUUUAUAAAUCUGUCUUUGGGAACAUGGCAUUUGUCCUGUCAUGACUGGAGAACGGUACAAAGUGUCCAUGGGCUGAUUGAAGGUACAUUUGGAUUAAGGGCAGUCAUCGCUUUGGAAUACACUAAAGGCAGUAUUUAAAUUCCAAAUGAUUUUCCUCCUCUUUGAAACAUGCCUUAAGGCUGCCUCUCUUGAGUCUCCUGUCCUUUCAUAUGUACUCAGAAAAUUCAUCUCAGCUCAGCAUACAUUUCUAUUAUGUGCAAAGCACUGUCAGAGUGUAAAUUUAUUUGAGGAUUAGCUUGACUUAUAUAGGGUUUGUGUAAAUGUUUGUUCAGUGAAUAGAAUUUUUUUUCUUUAAUGAUCUAGUUCUACAGAGGCAUCUCAAUUAUGGGUCUGGAUUCUCCACUCUGUUUUCCCAAAGCCUUUUCUUCCUUAAUUUUCAUGACUAGCAUUACCUAAGGAAGACAAGCAGCCAUUACCUCCUACAGGCCAGCUCAUUAUAACAUCUGAAAUCAACCCUUAGGAAAUGGUUGUCAUAUGCAGUGUUAAGUGAAGACAGGCUCAGCUAACUUAACAUCCACAGUAUUUGGCUUUUGUUUGUGUCUUUCCUUUCUCCUUUUCGUAUUUUAGGGAAGGGGUAAUUCUGUUGUUUGAACACCAGAUGGUUCAGAGAGCAUGGGCCUGGGAAUGAAGUCAGAAUUUUGCUCUAGUACUUGGCUGUUAUGUGAUGUCUUUCUUAGUUUCCAGGCCUCAGGUCACAGCUGUAAAGCUGAGAAUUGUGUUGACACUCUAUUGUGACUGUAAGAAAUAUGGAGAAUAAUUGUAAAGGCCUAGACAUACUAUAGAUGCUAUGACUAUAUGAUAGUUAUAAUAAUAGAUAUACAUUUCUAUCUUCUCAUUUAUUUUCUAUAUUAUGUAGAAUAAGAUAUUCACCAAGUUCCCCGUGUGUGUGUGUGUGUGUGUGUGUGUGUGUGUGUGUGUGUGUGUGUUUACCUUAAUUUUUACUAUGAGGGUAAAAAAAAAAAUAGAAGUUAAAUAAAAACUUACCCAGCCAAGUUUCUACAUGAGCUCUGAAUGUCAAUUUCUUCGCAGUUGAUAUUAUUUAAACAUUAAGCAGUUGCUCACUUUUAGUAGUAACGGUAGGCUAUAUAGUAAAUAGCUUAGAUAGCCCUUGGAUACUUACAGUUUACCCACAUAGUCCUCAAAUCUAUCUAUGCUUUAGCUCAAUCUCAGAGUAGUCCUUAUGAUAUAGUAACUUUUGCCAAUUCCAUUUUGUAUUUGAAGCACCUAGAUCAAAAUAGUCUGAUUAAAUAUGAUACAUUUAGCAAAUAGUCCAACUUCAGUUGUACCUCAACUGACUAUCUCUGGAGUCUUAUGUGUUAUGUUUGACUAUUUUUUAUAGCAGUCCAGGUGGCAUGGCAGUGUGUAGCAGUUGUAUGAGAGUUGUAUGAGUAUCAAUUUGCCCUUGUGGAAUAUACCUCACAAAAUGUAAUUGGUAGGAACAACCUUGCCUUAUGUUAGGCAGAGUCUUUGAAAUUUAUGUAAUAGAUUGUAUCCUCUUUUAUAUUUAGAAUGAAUUUAGAAAAUUUCUUGCUGUCAAUAUAGAUACUAAGUUAAAAUCGUAAGGAAACUCUUGUCCUGCCACAGAAGGGUUUGCUUUCCAUGGUGACAUGUUAGCACAGUAGUUGUCUCUAUGGAUUUCUGCACUCCAUCAGCCAGUGACUUGUAGGCUUUAUAAAGUGGAGAAAAUUCUAGCUUUCAGUACUAAGAAUAACAAAUACUCGAAGAAGAUAUCUUUCCAUAUAUGCCAAAAGGCAAUCAGAGCUGGGUGUUAAAAUUUUAAAUAUGAAGUGUCUUCCUAAAAUGUAUGCAUUAAGUUGGAACAUAAUUAAAUCACACUAUUUGAUAGUUGUCCCUUGCCCCAGUGGCUCGACUUGAUAAAGGAGCAUUAAGACCGUAUUUGUAACUUGUCUUUAGAGAUGAAUGAAUGAAUACGGAAAUUCAUGGAAGAGCUGGAAAUGUAACUCAGUGGUGGAACCCUCGCCUAAAAUGCGCAGAGCUCUGGGCUUGAUGUCUUACCCUGAAAAAUUAUGAUGUAGAUAUGUUCCCAUAUAAAUUUACAACAUGUCUUCCUUUGAGCCAUCUCACUUUGGUUCCUAUUUAUUUUAUACUUUUUUAAAUUCCAGUCUUGUUAUUCCCCACCUCUCAGACUCCACUGAGCUCCCUGGAGACUUUCUUCCACAAAUCAUGUAUAUUCUGUUCUCAAAAUCCAAAUGUCAGGGUUAUUGCAGUCCUCUAAAAUGCACGAUCUGUGGUGGGGUUAUUCAUCUGUCAUUGCCUAGAUAUUUUACAUGCAUACAUUAGUCACAUAAUGUAUUCACAGGUAUCUAGUUUUGAAAGUAUUUCAGUUUUUACUGACAGUAAUAUUUCACAGCUGCAAGUUAGUGUGUUAUUGAUUUUCUAGGGUAUUUUCAAUCAUCUAUGUUACUAAUGUAUCACCAACAUUCCCUGUGUUAGUCAGUGUGCCUACAAGGCAACUCAGUCACUGGCAGUAUGACCAAUUCUUCUCCAUCGGCAGGCCUAUGUCUAGUAAGCAUACAAAUAGCCAAAAUAACCAAAGAUGUGUUAUUCAUUCUUUAAUAUUUCAAGAAUAUGAUUUGUAAAAUGUAACAUAGAGUUAACUGUAUACUUUCUGAGCAUAAACAGUUCGGUUUUUACCAAGUAAGCCAAAAGAACCCCUAUCUACAUUUAAACUCCAACAUGUAUCAACAGAUAUCGCAUCAUUUAUUCUUAAAAAUGUUCUUUAUAAGAUGAUAUUUUCUCAAGCCUUACAGUGGAAAUAUUUAUAAGAAGUUAUUAUUCAUUCAUUUCCGAAAGCAGAGUGAGCAUAUGACUAUUUAUAUUAAUGGCACUUAGCAUACUUUCUUUCUAUUAAGAGUGCCACAUAACUGCUUAUUGAAGUUCUUGAGUUUUUAGACUUACAUUGCAUAGCAUUGAUUUUUCAUAGUCAUAUAUUUGAAAAUUGAAAUUUAAAAACAUCUAUCAGAAGCAGACUCUAUCAUUUUAUCAAAAAACACAUUAAUAUAAUAAAAUAGUUUAAGAUUUGUGUGAUUUAAAUGUUCUUUUGAAAUAGUAUUUUUAUGCGUGAAGGAGUGGACACCUCUGAUUGAGAUAGUCUUUGUCAGAGCUGUUAAUAUUCUCUCACUCACACUUCUCAGCCUCCUUCCUGGUUUUUAACAUUACUUCAAUAGGCAAGCUGCCCAUUCUUAGCACUCGGAAUUCACUGUUAGUAAAUUUUAUGUGUUCCAUCAGCAAUUCGAUGAUAGAAAGAAAACGGUUUUUCUGUAUUUCACAUAGCACUGGAGCUCUGCAAAGUGUCUCUGGGGGGUUCUUUGAUGUCUAGACAGUUUAAAUUAUGCCUGCUCCCUCCCUCCAAAUUCCACCUCUGCUCUGCUUCAGGGCUUGUGGGGAAUGAAACAAACCAGAAGGGUUCCACAAGCCUUUAGUCCAGGGGGAGAAGCUAGCAAGGCGAGUAGGUCUACUCUGGCAGGUGCAUAGGAAACAGCCCAGUUACAGGCCUGUAAGGCAGGGGCAGGGAGCAAACACCCUGCUUAUUUAUCUCUUCUUAUAUUUUCCAUAUGGAAAUAGAUGCACAUUGUCAGGAAAAUGGAAACAUAUUAGAAAUAGCAGCAAAGGAGUCACAUUCACCCUAUAGCCUAAUGUUUCUAUUUUUCUUCCCAACCUCCCCCAGGCAGCCAAAGACUUAGUCGCACUCUCAAACAUUGUCUUACUGACUGGCAUGGUGAAAUAAAUCAUUCUUCAUAUGAUAAAACUAAUUUUAUUUUCUUUUUUGUCCUUUGUUUCCCUCUCACAAAUGGAUCUUGCCGUUCCUCCAACCUGUCCUGUUAGAAAUGGAACCUCUCCCUUAGCCUGUCUGAAUGCCAUGCUUCACACUAACACUCGAGUCGGGGAUGGGACGUUCUUCAAAAUCCCUGGAAAGUCGGGCCUCUAUGCUCUCAGAAAAGAGGAGUCAUCAUGCCCAGUGGAUGGAACAUUGGAUCUAGUCGUUGACCCAGACCUGGAUGGCGCUGAGAUGGCAGAGGCCAGUGCCAACGGAGAAGAGAACAGGGUGUGUACGAAGCAGGUAACGGAUGAAGUAUCUUCCACUCGAGAUUGCAGCCUUACGAACACGGCAGUGCAAAGCAAGCUGGUAUCUUCCUUCCAGCAGCACACCAAAAAGGCCCUGAAGCAGGCUUUGAGGCAGCAGCAGAAAAGAAGAAAUGGAGUCUCAAUGAUGGUGAACAAGACUGUCCCUCGUGUUGUUUUGACACCAUUAAAGGUGUCUGAUGAGCAGUCGGAUUCGCCUUCAGGAUCCGAGUCUAAAAAUGGGGAAGCAGACAGUUCAGAUAAAGAAAUGAAACACGGGCAAAAAUCUCCCACUGGAAAACAAACAAGUCAGCACUUAAAACGCUUAAAAAAGUCUGGUUUAGGACACUUGAAAUGGACCAAAGCUGAGGACAUUGACAUAGAAACCCCUGGCUCUAUUCUUGUCAACACUAACCUGAGGGCACUAAUCAACAAGCACACCUUUGCCUCCUUCCCUCAGCAUUUCCAGCAGUAUCUCCUGCUUCUGCUCCCAGAAGUGGACAGGCAGAUGGGAAGUGAUGGAAUUUUACGCCUCAGUACUUCAGCUCUAAAUAAUGAAUUCUUUGCAUACGCAGCACAAGGGUGGAAACAGCGACUGGCAGAAGGAGAGUUUACCCCAGAAAUGCAAUUACGAAUAAGGCAAGAAAUUGAGAAGGAAAAGAAAACAGAACCUUGGAAAGAAAAAUUCUUUGAGAGGUUUUAUGGAGAGAGAUCGGGCAUGUCCAGAGAAGAAUCUAUUAAGCUUACUUCUGGACCAAACCAUGAAGGAGCUGAAGGGAGUUCCUCACAUGGGGACUCUGGCAUUCCUGGUCCUUCUGCUCAGAAUGCAUUAGAAGAACAGCAACCAAAAAUCCUGAAAAGUUCAGCUUCCUUGGAGCCUGACUUCUGCACUACCGUUUGCCCUAUGUUAGAGGUCCCGGUGAAGGAUGUAAUGACAGAAUCAGAAACAGAAGACAUAUUUAUCCCGGAGGAAUCUGUGAUUCAGGAGGAAGUGGCAGAGGAGGUAGAGACGAGUAUCUACGAAUGCCAAGAUGAACAUCUUAAGACAAUUCCUGCGUUUUCUGAGGAGUCGGAAAGUCCUGCCACCCCUUGUGAGGAACCCCAGGUAGCAGCCCCUGAAGAUAGCUUGGAGUCCUGUGUUGUAAUGAAUGAUAUUUUACACACUUUACCUCACAUCGAAGUGAAGAUAGUGGAGAAAUUAGAAUGUCCACAGGAAGAAAUGUCAGUUGUUAUUGACCAACUAGAAAUCUGUGACUCUCUUCUUCCCUGCCCUUCAUCUGUCACCCAUAUCCUGGAUGUGGAACAGAAGGAGCAAGAAACCACCAUAGAAACCAGUGCCAUGGCCCUGAGAGAAGGGCCAUCUUCUCUAGAAAGCCAACUUCCAAAUGAGGGGAUUGCUGUAGAUAUGGAGCUGCAGAGUGACCCCGAAGAACAGCUCUCAGAAAACGCUUGCAUCUCUGAGACUUCUUUCUCCUCUGAAAGUCCAGAGGGAGCAUGUGCCAGCCUUCCAUCCCCAGGCGGGGAAACACAGUCCACAUCUGAAGAGUCAUGCACUCCAGCCUCUCUGGAAACAACAUUCUGUUCUGAGGUAUCCAGCACUGAGAAUACAGAUAAGUACAACCAGAGAAACCCCACUGGUGAGAGCCUUCAUGCAUCUCUCGUGUCAGAAGUAUCUCCACUGGCCACCUCACCUGAAAUCUCAGAAGCAUCUCUUAUGUCCAACUUGCCUCUGACGUCUGAGGCAUCACCAGUAUCCAACUUACCUCUAACAUCUGAAGCAUCUCCAAUGUCUGAUUUACCACCGACAUCAGAAACUUCCUCAGAGUCUUCCAUGCCUCUGACCUCUGAGACACCUUUUGUAUCCAGUUUGCCAAUUCCUGCAGAGACUUCUCCAAUUUCUAAUUCUUCCGUGAAUGAAAGAAUGGUGCAUCAACAGAGAAAGUCACCUUCAGGAUCUGAAGAAGCUAACUCUCCACAGAAAGAGGAACCUUCCAUCCCCACCAAGCCCCUGGGAGAGAGCCUUGUCUCCCACCCAAAGCCUUUGUCCACCAUUCCAGAACCCAUCAACAUGAGUUCUGCCAUGGUGCCUGAAGCACUUCCACCUGAAGGAUUGCAUAGUCAGACUCUGAGUCAGGAGCCUUGUAACGCUCAUGUUGAAAUGGAAAAGCUCUAUGCCUCUUCCAUCCCAGAACUUCCUUCCUCAGAGAUGACAAAAGUUAAAAACCAUAGUGUUCUGCAAAGACCUGAAAAGAAAGGGUUGUCUGCACCAUUGGAAGUCCCUGUCUUUUCUGAGGAAACGGAGACCAAGGGAAUCGAGCUUCCUCCAGCUAAACUACAGGACAAGCAAUAUGCACCAUCAGUAGAUAAGGCUACAUUUCUAGAAGGCUCAAGAAACAAAAUUCAUAAACAGAGCAGUACACUAAAUCGAUUGGAGACCUCACAUACUUCCAAAGUAUCAGAGCCCUCCAAGUCCCCCGAUGGGAUAAGAAAUGACAAUAGAGAGUCAGAGAUAUCAAAAAGGAAAACCGUGGAACACAGCUUUGGAAUAUGUAAAGAAAAAAGAGCUAGGAUAGAAGAUGAUCAGUCAGCCCGCAGCCUAGCAUCCAGCAGUCCUCCUGAGAAAGAGCAGCCACCACGGGAGGAGCCCAGGGUUCCCCCUCUAAAGAUACAGCUUUCUAAAAUUGGGCCACCUUUUAUCAUUAAGAGCCAGCCAGUCUCCAAAGCAGAGUCCAGGGCAUCCACUAGUACAUCAGUCAGCAGUGGGAGGAACACGGGAGCCAGGACCCUUGCAGACAUCAAGGCCCGUGCUCAACAAGCCCGGGCCCAGCGUGAGGCUGCUGCAGCUGCUGCAGUUGCAGCUGCAGCGAGCAUUGUCUCAGGAGCCAUGGGAAGCCCAGGAGAAGGUGGGAAGGCAAGAACCCUAGCCCACAUCAAGGAGCAGACCAAAGCUAAGCUCUUUGCAAAACAUCAGUCCAGAGCCCACCUCUUCCAGACCUCCAAGGAGACCCGGUUACCUUCUGUCAGCACGAAGGAAGACUCUCUCAAUAUGGAAGCCUCUCCUACCCCUGAGACAAAAAUGGAAGGCUCUACAGGAGUCAUCAUCAUCAAUCCAAACUGCAGAUCUCCUAGCAGCAAGCCCACACACAUCCGGGAGAUCACCACUGUACUACAGCAGCCUCUGAACCCACCUCAGAUUCCAGAAACUGCCACUGACUUGUCUGUGCAUAGUUCUGAUGACAACAUACCUGUGUCACAUUUAACUGAGAAAAUUGUUUCAUCUACCUCUUCAGAAAAUAGCAGUGUACCCAUACUUCAUAAUAAAAGUCCCAUCAACCCCAUCCCGAUGUCUGUCUGCAGCACUGCUAUGUCAGGAGCAAUUAAAGAGCAUCCCUUUGUGAGUCCUGUUGACAAAUCUUCUGUCCUCAUGUCUGUUGACAGUGCAAACAGUACAAUUUCUGCUUGUAAUAUAAGCAUGUUGAAAUCCAUCCAGGGAUCUGAUGCUCCAUGCAUAGCCCUUGUACCAAAAUGUAUCAACAGGACUCCUAUACCAGCUGCUCCAGAAGGUACUGGACAGUCAAACUCCAUGGAUGGGAAGGCCCUGCUUGUACCCAGCAGCAAGGCUGCUAACGUAAUAUCUAAUCAGUACACUUCUGUGCCAGCUCCCACCAUUGCAAGUAAUUUGCCAAACCAUCUCUGCACUAGCUCUGUCUUGAUUCCCCCCACAGGGAUUAAUAACAGAUUUGUUUCUGAGAAGAUAGCCAUGCCUGGGAGUGAAGAGCAGGCCGCCGUGUCCAUAGGUGCCACCAUGAGAACAGCCCUCAGCUGUGGUGAUUCAGUGGCUGUCACUGAUUCACUGGUUCCACGCUCGCCCAUCGCAAUGUUUGCAGGAAACAUGCUCACUGCAAACUCUUACAACUGUCCUCCCAAAUUAAGUGGGGAGAACUUGGACAACAAUUCAGGGCCUCUAAACAGAACAGACAAUUCUGAGAAACCUCAGCAGCCAGCAGGGGGCUUUGUCCCAGCAACCAUAAACAGAUCAAUUCCCUGUAAAGUCAUAGUGGACCACAGCACAACGCUGACCUCCAAUUUGUCUCUGACUGUCUCCAUUGAAAGUGGAGACUCAAGUUUGGAUUCCCAGACUAGGUCGGUGAGGACAGACGUAUCCAUCCAGCCCGUGGCAUGUCCUCAGGUGUCUGUCAUCAGUAGACCUGAGCAGGCCACAAGUGAAGGGCUUGACCAUGGUUCUGUUUUCAUUGCUGCUCCUACGGCCAAACAGGACUGUAAGACACUGCAGGCCACUUGCACCAGUCUCCGAGAAUUGCCCCUUACUCUUCCAGAUAAACUAAAUGAAGUGACCGUACCUACUCAUGGCUUUGCUGAGCAAGCACGAAACUCAAGUACUUUCAAGAAAGAAACAGACACAGCCUGUAGCAAUCAGUAUAACCCAGGAAACCGCAUUUGCUGGAGUGAAGACCCAAUGAGAAACACAGCACCGCCUGUGGUUAGUCAUUCAAGCUCAAGUAAACAGAAAGAACAUCCAGAGCAGACUGGCCUGAAGGCUGUGAAGACAGAGCAUGUCAGCUAUGCACACGUGUCAGAUCUCCACCCUAGGAAUCUCAUCACGAAUGUCAGUCUUCCUGUGAAGCCUGAACCUCAUGAAGUAGACAAGGGCUUUAGAAUGGACACUGAGGACUUUCCUGGUCCCGAGCGUCCUCCUCCAGUCACAGAGGUGACAAGCAGUGCCAGUGUGCAACCAACACAGACCAUGAAGCCUUCCACCACAAGCCCUGUGGAAGAGGCUAUUUCCUUGGCUCCAGACACCCUGAAAAGAAUUCCAAGUGCAAGCAGCUCAAGCUGCCGCCUGUCUUCCGUGGAAGCUAAUAACCCACUGGUGACACAGCUACUGCAGGGCAACCUGCCUCUGGAGAAGGUGUUGCCACAGCCAAGAUUGGGAGCCAAACUUGAAAUCAACAGACUCCCUCUGCCCCUUCAAACUACCUCAGUGGGUAAGACAGGGCUGGAAAGAAACAUGGUUGAAAUGCCAUCCAGCUCUCCUAAUCCAGACGGGAAGGGCUAUUUGGCAGGGACUCUAGCACCAGUCCAAAUGAGAAAGCGAGAAAACCAUCCCAAAAAGAGAGCAGCCAGGACAGUGGGAGACCAUGCUCAAGUUAAAUGUGAACCAGGGAAGAUGGUGAUGGAGCCCGAUGUCAAAGCGGUACCCUGCGUCAUCAGUCCCAGCAUGAGUCAGCUAGGACACAACCAGCCAUUUAAGCAGGAACGGCUUAAUAAGCCCUCCAUGGCCAACAGGAUCAUGCCCAGCCCUGAGGUCAAACAACAAAAGCGGCUGUUGCCUGCAUGUAGCUUCCAGCCGAGCCUGUUCCAUGUGAACAAAAAUGAAGGCUUCCACGCUGACACUGGUACCUCACAUAGACAGCAGUUCUACCAAAUGCCCAUGGCUGCCAGGGGACCCCUUCCCACUCCUGCUCUGUUACAGAACUCUCCCAAGACCCCAGUGGGCUGUAAUGCAUUUGCCUUCAAUAGGCAUCUUGAACAAAAAGCAUUGGGAGAUGUGAAUCUUCCCACAGCACCUCACCAGCUAAGACUAGCCAAUAUGUUGUCCCCCAACAUGCCUAUAAAAGAAGGCGAGGAUGGAGGAGGCACCACACACACAAUGCCAAGCAAAGCAGUGGUCCAUGCUCCACUGCCACCUCCACCACCCCCUCCACCACCACCCCCUCCACCCUUGGCCUUGCCCCCGCCACCCCCUCCACCCCCUCCACUACCUCCACCUCUUCCCACUGUAGAAGUCCCAUCCGAUCAAAAGCAACCACCAGUUAACAUGGAAACCACUAAGCGACUUAGUUGGCCCCAGUCCACGGGCAUAUGUAGCAAUAUCAAAUCAGAACCUCUUUCUUUUGAGGAAAGUUUAAGCAGCAGCUGUGAACUGGGCAUGAAGCAGGUUCCCUAUGACCAGAACGAAGUGAAAGAGCAGCUGAAGGCAUUUGCAUUAAAAAAUGCAGAUUUUUCUUCCUACUUGCUCUCUGAGCCCCAAAAGCCUUUUACCCAAUUAGCUGCUCAAAAACUACCAGUACCCCAGCAACAACCGCUCUGUGGAAGUUACCCGACGAUACACUUUGGGAGCACAAAUUUCAAAAGGGCAGCAUCUGCCAUUGAAAAGUCCAUUGGGAUUCUGGGAAGUGGCUCCAACCCCGCCACCAGCACGGGUCUGACAGGUCAAAACACUCAGAUGCCAGUUCAGAACUUUGCAGACAACAGCAACGCAGAUGAGUUAGAGCUGAAAUGUUCUUGCCGGCUCAAAGCCAUGAUUGUGUGCAAAGGCUGUGGGGCCUUCUGCCACGAUGACUGCAUAGGUCCAUCCAAACUUUGUGUAGCUUGCCUGGUUGUCCGAUAA